CAACAGAUAGGAUUGUCCCUUCUCUAAUGCUAACUAAAUAUGUUCAAUUAUUAUUUCACACCAAUUUUACAAGAAUCGUAAUAUCUGCACGAAGUUUAACUAUCUGCCAGUAACGGUCCAUUGUUCAAGCUUAAUGGAGAAGAGCUCGUUUACAUAACAAUCGAGAAUAUAAAAGAGGUUUGAAAAGUCUGAAUACACCUCAGAUACCAAAUACCCAGUUUGCCACAAAGAUCAGUGUCCAGGAUGUUUUCUUCAGUGGAAAUAAACGUUCUCGACCAACUACCGAAAUUAACGAUGAAGAAUGGAAUAAUCAAAGCAGAAACCUAUCCCUACAGACAAGAUGAGAACAACAUUGGAAAAAUUCUGCUUACUGGGAUGAGAAAGAAUCCCAAGCUGGUGAAUCAGAUUGAUGCAGCAACUGGGAAAGAGGACACAUUCGGAGAAAUAGCGGAUAGAACCGUGAAAUGUGCUGUAUGGCUAGUGAGUCAGGGUGUCAAACCCGGGGAUGUUGUUGCAAUAUGCACGCAUAAUCAUAUUGAUACAGUAGUUCCUGUGGUGGCAUGUUUAUGCAUCGGUGCUAUCUUCAAUCCUUGGUGGGAUCACGGUUUGAACCGAGAUACAGCGAAGCACUUCAUGGCCCUCACAACGCCAAAAGUUAUUUUCAUCAAUGAAGAUUUCAUAGACAUCGUCUCCGAAGUGGCGCAUGAUCUCAACAUGAGGUUGAAGAUUGUUGGAUUUGGGGGAAACUCCAAAUUCGAGUGCUUUGAUGAUAUAAUACGGAAGUGUAAACCCAAGGAUGUUGAGAGUUUUCAGUGCACCGAGCUGUCUACCAAUGAGAAACCCGCGUACAUAGAGUACACCUCAGGCUCCACCGGAUUACCGAAGGGUGCACUUCAUUCUCAUAAAUCGCUGUUUGGAAAUGUAAUGAAUGUUGGCACAUUUGGCGGAUGCAAUAAUGUCGUUCUCUGCUACUCCAAUUUGUGUUGGAUCACUGGGGUUCUCUGCACCCUGUCUUCCAUUGCGUAUUUUCAAAAGAGGAUUAUUGCCGCGAUUUUCACUCCACAAAGUUUAUGUGAACUUGUGGAGAAAUAUAAGAUAACGUGGAUAUUAACCGGAACGAGUGCUGCCAAUAGGCUCCUCAAGUCUGGACUGAUGGGAAAAUAUGAUCUUUCGUCUUUGAAGUCAGUUUGGAUUGGGGGUGCUGUGUUCAAGCAGGAAGCUCAGGACGCGCUUCAGGCAGCAUUGCCUGGAGCAUACGUCAUACAACUCUACGGUACAACGGAGACGGGAGGCGUCUCUAUACACCAAACUAGAAAAGCGAAACCGAAUUCCGUAGGUACACUCGCUAGAUGUUUUGAGAUGAAAAUAAUCGAUCCCGAUAGCGAUAAAGUAUUAAGUGCAAAUGAGAAAGGAGAGCUCUGCGUUAAAUCCCCCUUUAUGAUGACUGAAUACUACAAGGAUCCCGAGAAGACGCGAGAACUUAUUAAAGCCGAUGGUUGGUUGCACACGGGUGAUCAAGCUUAUUAUGACAGCGACGGGGCUGUUUAUAUCAUAGACAGGCUGAAGGAACUGAUUAAAUGGAGGGGACACCACGCGUCACCAUCGGUUAUUGAGCAGAUGAUUAUGACGUAUCCUGGUGUAACUGAGGCUGGAGUUGUUGGAGUGCCUGACUGGGAGGAUGACGAGAGACCAAUUGCUUUCGUUGCAAAAUCACCGGAAGCUACGAUAAGUGAGAAUGACAUUAAGAAAAUGGUUCAGGAUAAUUUGCCCGAGCAGAUGUGGCUUCGAGGUGGUGUACGAAUACUAGACCAAAUGCCACAUACAGCAUCCGGCAAAAUAGCACGCACCGUAUUAAAAGAGAUGGCUAAGGAAUUCAUUCGCAUGUCCUCAACUCCUGUUUACAAAAAUGGAAUUUGGAUUGGCCCUAAGGUCGCGCCUGAGCCUGAUUACUUCCGAUUGGGUGAGAAAUUGUACAGAGAGCUUGAAGGAUCCCCUGAAUUUAUCGGACAGAUCGAUGCAAUCACCGAGAAGGAGGACACAUUCAGUUCUAUGUUAGACAGAAGCGUACGAUGCGCAAUAUGGUUGAAAAAACAAGGUGUUCAACCCGGAGAUGUCAUCGGCUACUGUUCGAAAAACAAUCUCGAUUCCUUUGCUCCAGUCUGUGCCUCUUUCUACAUCGCUGCCAUCUUCAACCCAUGGUGGGACAGCAGUUUGGACGGAGAUAUUAUCAGAUAUUUCAUCGAGUAUACAAAGCCUAAAGUAAUAUUUGCUGAUGAAGUCUCAGCGGAAAUGAUUUUGAACUUCAUAAAUUACACCGAUUCGAACAUUAAAAUCGUUGUUUUCGGAGAAUACCGUGGAUUGGAGUCGUUCAGAGACGUUAUAGCAACGAUUAAUUCAGAGGAUGUUUCAAAUUUUCAAUGCACGAGGGUACAAUCACCUCAUACUUCCGCGAUAAUCAUGUACACAUCAGGAACGACUUCAAAACCAAAGGGAGUUCUAUAUUCAAAUGGAUCAUUUGGAUAUAUGAUGAGCCACUUUGGUUAUUACGAGGGAAAAAAUGUUGGCAUCUGGUUUUCUACCCUCUGCUGGAUAAGUGGAUUAGGGGGAGUCAUCAGGUCUAUUACUCAGAAAAUGACCUUCAUCAAUAAUAAUUGCAAAACUGAAGAAGAAGCUUGCAGGAUGAUAGAGAAGUUUGGGGGAACAUGGCUGUCAAUGGGCACCGCUUUUGCCAAUCGUCUUUAUAAAACUGAUGUGAUUUGGAGAUACGAUUUGUCAACUGUCAAUCGAGUCGCUGUCGGUGGAGGGGUCUUGAAAUCAGACGUUUCCGUUUUUUUCAGGAGACUCUUCUCAAAUGCUUCGAUUACAUCGCUCUAUGGGGCUACGGAACUGGGAAUAACCACCUCUGGACUGAUAACUGAUGAAAAAACAACAAUUUCGGGUAAAGUUGCUCAGAACUAUGAGAUAAAAGUAGUGGAUCUCGAUACCAAUGAAAUUGUUGGACCCCAUCGAGAGGGUGAACUUUACGUAAGAGGCGCACCCCGAAUGAUUUGUUAUUGGAAUAAUCCAGAAGCUACGGCGGAGGCAAUUGAUGCGAAUGGAUGGUAUCACACGGGUGACGUAGGCUAUUACGACGAAGACGGCGAUUUUUACAUCACCGAGAGGAUCAAGGAGCUCAUAAAGUAUAGACUCCACCAUGUGCCACCAGCGGCCAUUGAGAGUGUUAUACAAGAGCACCCCGAAAUCACUGAAGUCGGUGUAGUAGGUAAACCUGAUAAUAAUGACCUGGAACAGCCUCUGGCUUUUGUUACCAAACGACCCGGUGCUCAGGUAACAGAGAAAGAGAUAAUGAAGCUAGUUGCUGAUAAAUUGCACGAUUGGAUGAGACUUCGCGGUGGUGUUCGUUUUUUGGAUGAAAUGCCUCGAACCGCGUCGGGAAAAAUUGCCAAGCGACAGUUACGAGCUCUCGCUAAAACUAUGGCAUAACGAAUUUAUGAGAUAUUUCACUAAGCCCUAUCAUUGUUUCUAAUCAUAUUACAAAUAGCCGCAGGGGAUUUUGAGGAAGUUGAACCCCUGCCCCCGGUCCAAAUUCUAAAUUCUAAUUUCAUCUAUUUUGUACUAGAAUCACGGAGUAAAUAAUUGUGAACAAUCCCGCAAUAAUUGCAAUAUGUAAAUGUUCCGACGAAUAAAAAAAUGAAUAAAUAAAGGAGAUUGGCUG